UUGACUCUAAAUCUCUUCGAUCAAGAAAUGGAAGGAAUACAACACAAGUUCGUAAAUGUAAGUGGCAAUAUUAACAUGCACUAUGUCGAAAUGGGCCAAGGUCCAAUAGUCCUAUUCCUCCACGGUUUCCCGGAGCUUUGGUACACGUGGCGACACCAGAUUCCUUUUGUGGCGUCGGCUGGUUAUCGAGCGGUGGCUCCGGAUCUUCGAGGAUACGGAGACACCACCGGAGCCCCCAACGACCCCUCCGCUUUCACGAUGCUUCAUGUUGUUGGGGAUGUUGUGGCGCUAUUAGACUCAGUAGCCCCGUCCCAUAAGGAUAAGGUGUUUGUGGUCGGUCAUGACUGGGGAGCAAUGGUCGCGUGGAAUUUGUGUUUGUUUAGGCCCGACAGAGUGAAGGCGGUUUUAAAUAUGAGCGUGCCAUUUACACCGAGAAAUCCCGAAAGGAUUCCUCUCGUCGCCUUACGCGCUGCCUAUGGAGACGAUUUUUAUAUGUGUAGAUUUCAGGAACGUGAUGAAAUAGAAGCCGAGUUUGCAAAGAUUGGCACAAAAGUUGUCUUGAAGAACCUCUUAAGCUACCACAAUCCAAGCCCUCUUCUCAUUCCCAAAGGAAAACCUUUUGGAGACUCGCCAAAUGAAACUCAUCUUCCACCUUGGCUAACCGAAGAAGAUCUCAAUUACUACACUACAAAAUACAAUAAUUCCGGCUUCACAGGACCGAUAAACUAUUACCGUGCUCUUAACUUGAAUUGGGAGCUAAUGGCGGCAUGGAGCGGAGCCCAUAUAAAUGUUCCGACGAAAUUCAUAAUUGGCGAUAUGGACAUAACAUAUACAACGGCGAACAAAGAGUAUAUACAUAAAGGAGGAUUCAAAAGAGACGUAACUUUUCUUAUGGAGGUGGUGGUGAUUAAAGGAGUCGGCCACUUCCUCCACGAAGAAAAACCCGAUGAAAUCAACGAUCACAUCCUUAGUUUUCUCAAAAGCUUCUCAUGGAAAUCCAUUUCUUCUACAUGUAGCAUCUCUUAGUUUGCGCAUGUAUAUAUGUCUCCAUUCCAUCAAUAUGUUCAUUUUCUAAAUGCAUGAUUAGAUGAUCGA